UUUAUAUGUUCGUUUCGUUCGCAGCUGUGUUCCUGCAAGAAUCGGAAGGGCGCCAUCUCGAUCAAGAAACGCAACCAAGAAACAGAAACACUAAAGACUCAUCCCAUUUCCACCAGCUCCACCACCACCACCACCUCCUCCUCCUUUUCUCCGAGCGGCAACAAUGGCGUCCGGCGAAACAAGCAGCAGGAGGUGGGUCCCCCGAUGGCCCGAUCUCUCUACCGAUAUCCUGGACGUCAUCGUCAAGAAGCUCACCCGCGCCUCCGAUUACCUCCGCUUCCGUUGCGUCUGCAAGUCCUGGCGCUCCUUCGCCAAACCCACCAAUCUUCCCCCCCACUUCCCUCUCCUCAUGCUCCCCUACGACCCCCGCUCCCUACACCGUCGCGUUCUCAGCGUUCCCACCAGAGAGAUCCGCACUCUCCCCAUCCCCGAUGUCGUCCACAAAGUAACCCUCGCCUCCGCCCGCGGUUGGCUCCUCCUGCUCGACCUCGUCCCCGCGGGCGGACGCCUCUUCUUGCUGAACCCCCUCACCGGGGCCCAAGUCCAGCUCCCUCCCACCGAUGGUUUCUUCCACCUGACCGGCUUCGAGUUCUCUCUGGUCCAUCAGAAGUUUCUGAGCAUCAGGCGCGGCAUCCACUCCUCCACGAGCGUCCUCGAUUACUCGGUCAUUUUCCCGUGGAAGGCGUGCUUGCUUUUGAGCCCGAACUUGGACCCGAGGGAUUCCGUGGUGGUGAUCGCCGAGUGCUAUCGUAACUCCCGUGAAAUCGCCUUCUGUAAAUUGGGAGAUGAAUCAUGGACCGUGAUGAAUACCGGUUUGGUCACUGAGCUCGUCUCCAUGGCGCACCAUGAGGGGAGCCUCUAUAUGACCGACAUGCAAAACAAUGCUUCGGUUUGUAAAAUUGCUUCCCCUUCGAACCCUGAGCCGAUCAAUUUGCCGAAUAUUGAUCUUGAGGAGUGUCGUCUGUUUUUCGUGACAACAUCUACGCAGCUGUUGUUAUUUGCCCAAUAUGAUGUAGAUCUUAUCCCCAAUGAUGCUGAUUUUGAUGAUGAACAUUUCGAUCAUUGUUUUGGAAUAUUUGAGUUGAAGCAGGGGAACGCACCCGGAUGGUAUAAGAUCGAAGGCAUUCAUGGCAAUAAAUACCUAACAAUGGAGCUAUUUCCGAGCUACCUUGUUUUCAGUUGGGCAAUUCCCGGACGCAGAGGGGAUUGCAUUUUCUAUAGCGGGGCUUCUGGCUUUUCAUAUAGACAGCUGAAGAGCGAUUUUCAUGAAAUGGAUGCUCUCGACUUCGGGACCAGCAACUAUGAUCGUAUAGUUCCUGCUUCGGGGACAUCCUCGGAUGAGUGGCUGCCUCCUGUUUGGAUCGAGCUCAAUCUCUGCAAAAUGUUGGAAUAGAGUCCAGUUCAGUUUAUGGCUUAUGCUCUGCCAAUUAUGCAAUCAUUCCUACAGCACAGUUUUGCACUUAAACUGCUGAGCUGAAAUAUUUGAUCUGCUGUACUUUUCCUCGCACGGUUGGAUCUUCUAUCCAAGCUAGAGAGACGAGUUUGAUAGCGAAGUUCCAUCGUUGAGUGAAAAAUGGGAAAUUUCAUGGAAAAUUGCAAUCCCUGGAGCAUAAAUGUUGUUAAACAAGCAGCUUAGUGCUGGUACAUUGAUAAUCUCAUAUGCCUUGAUAGAAAUUUUGACUUGGCAUGACGAUACAAUGCACACUUGCUUUCUGCAAUCUCCUAUGUAGAACAAUGAUUCGCUUAAUGUGAUUGUCCUCUCAUGACACUUUUGAUUCU